UGUAAAUCAUUUGAUUAAACAUUAUACUUAAAACCUAAGUAUCAGAAAUAUCAGAAGCCUGGAUGUCAGAAUAUUGCUUUAUUGUUAUGAGAGAGGUGAUUUGAUCUUUCUGGGGAGAUAUAUAUUUAGGUUUUAGAUCCUGAAUAAUAUUCUCAUCUAGUGACCUCUUACUGUUUAUCUAUUACUGUGAUGCUUAUUCUCCAACUAGAUGGGUUCUUUUUAGCAAGAUAUAAAGAGUCACAAAUUGAGAGAUCAAGAGGAAAAAUCAGUUACCAUUGGAUUGGCCAUCCUACAGGGCCUCUGAUGUUACAAAACUAUGGACCCAUCAUAACAAAAAUUCACCAAGAAUCUACUUGGUUCUAGGCAACUAAAGAAAUAACACAGAAUGGAGCACUGGAACUCCACCUUGGGAAGUGGCUUCAUAUUGUUGGGGAUUCUGAAUAACAGUGGGUUUCCUGGGCUGCUCGGUGCCACAGUCUCAGUCCUGUACAUGCUGGCCCUCACCAGCAAUGGUCUGCUGCUCCUGGUCAUCACAAUGGAUGCCCGGCUCCACGUGCCCAUGUACCUCCUGCUCAGGCAGCUCUCUCUCAUGGACCUCCUCUUCACAUCUGUUGUCACUCCCAAGGCCAUUGUGGAUUUUCUGCUCAGUGAAAACACCAUCUCCUUUGGGGGCUGUGCCCUUCAGAUGUUCCUGGCACUGACCCUGGGUGGUGCAGAGGACCUCCUACUGGCCUUCAUGGCCUAUGACAGGUAUGUGGCCAUUUGUCAUCCUCUGAACUACAUGGUCCUCAUGAGGCCGAGGGUCUGCUGGCUCAUGGUGGCCACUCCCUGGGUCCUGGCUUCCCUAAAUGCAUUAUGUCAUACCCUGUAUACCAUGCACUUCCCUUUCUGCAGGUCCCGGAAAAUCAACCACCUACUCUGUGAGAUUCCACCUCUAUUGAGGUUGGCCUGUGAAGAUGCCUCUAGAUAUGAACUCAUGUUGUAUGUGACUGGUGUGACCUUCCUGAUUCCACCUCUUGUUGCUAUCCUUGCCUCCUACACACUAAUCCUACUUACUGUGCUCCACAUGCCCUCAAAUGAAGGGAGGCAGAAAGCCCUGGUCACCUGCUCUUCCCACCUGACUGUGGUCGGGAUGUUCUAUGGAGCUGCCACAUUCAUGUAUGUUCUGCCCAGUUCCCUGCACAGCCCCAAGCAAAACAACAUCAUCUCUGUCUUCUACACGAUGGUCACCCCAGCCCUGAACCCCCUCAUCUACAGCCUGAGGAAUAAAGAGGUUAUGGGGGCCUUGAGGAGGGUCCUACGAAAAUAUAUGCUAUGA